CAAAGACUCCACAUAGCUAGUGUUGAUGCCCAAAGACAUUUUAUAGGAAAAGAACGACAAACCAUCCAUCACUCCUCUUAUUCCGCACCUCUACUCUUCGCUUCCUUCAUAUACAAACACACGCUCUCUCUCUAUCUUGUCUAUCAUGUUUUCGACUUAUCCCGGACAGGUCGUCGUCGACCACCCCGUCAGCGUACCCAUCGAGCAUCGUUUCGACCCCUAUGUCGACAAUGGCGGCACGCUGCUGUCAAUUGCUGGCGAGGAUUUUUGCGUAGUGGCUGCCGAUACACGACAGAGCGAGGGAUACUCGAUCAACUCACGCUAUGUUCCUAAGUCGGUCAAAUUGUCUGACAAGACUGUGAUCUCGAUGGGAGGAUGCUACGCCGACUGCUUGACCCUCACAAAGAGAAUCCAGCAGAGUAUGGAGUGGUACCAUCACGCUCACGGAAAGACCAUGUCAACGGCUGCAGUCGCACAGAUGCUCUCGAUCAUGCUUUACCAAAAGCGCUUCUUCCCGUUCUACAGCUGGUGCAUCUUGGGCGGAUUGGACGAGGAGGGCAAGGGUGCUGUCUAUACCUAUGAUCCUGUCGGGUCGUAUGAGCGUGAGACUUGCAGAUGCGCUGGCUCCGCCUCGGCACUCAUCCAGCCUUUCUUGGAUAACCAGAUCAACUUCAAGAACCAGGAGACGCAGAGACAGAGGCGUUCAUUGGAUCAGGUCCUGCGCAUCACAAAGGACUCAUUCACAUCUGCAACUGAGCGUGAUAUCUACACAGGCGACUAUCUCGAGAUCUUUGUCAUUACAAGCAAGGGCGUCGAGAUCCAGAAGAUGGAUUUGAAGAAGGACUAAAAAUCCACAACAUUCAUCAAUUGGAAGGGCAUAUUUGGAUGUGGCAAAUGGUUUGAGGGCUUUUUUGCUUGCAUUUCAAGUCGAUACAAUAAACGAAGCACGUUCAUGUUUGGACCAUAUCUUUUUUUUUUUUAGAAAACA